CGCGUGAAGCCCUUUUUCUUUUACCCCCCAACGAAUGCAGAUGGAAUAUUCAGCUGACGAGAUUGAAGCGGCCAGGAAUCUGCAGUACUUAGCGUACAUAUGCACGUCAAUGGCGACAUUCUGGAUUUAUGAUUAUGUUUGCUCACUUCACGAAGAGUUGAAGUUCCUGCGUCAAUCGCGCUGGACCAAGGUAAAAGUCCUUUAUAUCGUUGCGCGAUAUAUCCCCUUUUUAUUCAUCAUCACGGACGUAUAUCUGAAUUUCUCCCCGAUCGAGAAUCCUAAAAAAUGCAAGAUACUGGUCAAUAUUUACUCAAGUUUCGGAAUAAUAUCACUCACUUGCUCUGAAUGCUUUUUUGUGCUCAGGACAUAUGCGCUUUGGAACAGCAGUAGGAUUGUACUUGUAGCCAUGCUGUCCACCCUUUUUGCUAUCAUCGUAACGUUCACCAGCAUUUGUCUUAGCGCUAUCGCUACCUCUCAUGUUACGACUAGCGUGGUCCCAGGCAUCACAGGCUGCUACCGGAGCUCAACCAGUGUCCAAUUCUUCAUGCCGUUUCUUCUCUUGUUUGUCUUUCAACUUGGACUGGUCACCCUAACAGUCAUACGUGCCUUCCAGACCUGGCGAACGUCCAACGGUGGCAUGCACGCCGUUCUGGUGAAGCAUAACAUAUUCUACUAUGCAUGUGGUCUGUUUCUCUCGGCUGUGAAUGUCCUUGCACCAGUAAUGUUUUCUACUCCCUCAUAUUACUCCCUCCUCGAAGAUUUGCAAGCCUUUAUCCUUGCGAUCCUCGCCACGCGCAUGCAUCUCCAUCUCUGGCAUAUCGACCGGCACGCGUACGGCUCUGAGGUCCUCGUGUGCAUGUCCGACAUGUCGUCUGCAGACCGUACGGCCACUACUACGGUGUGACGUUUAAUCGUAUGGUAUUCGUUGUCGGCUCGGACUAGGAACGGGAACGGGACUUUGUAUGGAGUCAAAGACUCAAGAACGAUAUUCGACGGGGAGAGGUAUUAAUACGCUGAUUGAGACGGAGAAUCAAAGGAGAACGUGUCUAACGCAUGUAACGAAGAGUGAUUGUGUAUGAAAGGAAGAGUACGUACGAGAGUGACGUCGAUAGACAUGUCAUUCAUGGAGCGAGAACUGGACUACGAAAUCACCGGUC